GAUCUGCAUGCAAUGACCCUUGGGACGUUAAAUGUGUACCGAUGAGCGACUAUAAAUAGUAGGGGGACAACUGUUGCAAAUUAUUUUAUGCUUUGAUUCGGUUUUUGUCAGCAAAUCUCAUCAUGAAGCUUCUAGCAUUGCUAGUCACUGUCUUUGUGAGCACAUGUUAUGCUCAGAUUGCUCCAGCAGCCGAUAGUCUCACUAUACUCAAUCCAUGCCUCGGGUGGGUCCUCGACAGCAGAGAAGCGGCGGAAGUCGCGGACUUAACGGCCCGGUUGGAGAGAGGGGAAGAACCAGCAGAUGAAAGUGUUGAGGUGGCGGCUGCAGCCAGCAGUAUAGACAAGUUGACCAUCGCAAUUCCCCUCCCAAGGUGUGAGGAUGGACCUAGGAAGAUCCUGCACCAUGUGCCUGACGAGUUUCAUUGGCCUCGAAUCUACCGUGGAUCAUGUGACAACCUCUUCUGCCGAGAUCCCCCCUGUAUUGCUCGUAAAACUGAGAAGGUAACGAAAUGCGUUUACGUUUAUAAGAAAAUCGACGGAAAGUGGAUCAACUUAGGAAGACAACCUAGGACCUAUGAAAAUCAUCUUGAAUGUGGUUGCAAAUCUUGCAACGAUAUUCGCAUUUCUUGGUUAUGCAAAAACUCAUGUCCCAACAGCGACACUCCCAACAGCGACAUUAUAGUUCCCAACAGCUUCUGCUACUGGACUCCCUUCCUUUUCACAAUCAAGCCCCCUACAAUCGGACCACCCACAAUUGGUCCCCCUCGCCUGGCACUUGCUGAAGCAGCAGCUGCCCCUGAACCUAUUGAUGAUCUCAUUCCACUACCCGUACCCACACAUGGAAUAUGUAGAUGCUGUAAUCUACGUUGCAAGCUGCCGAAGGUUGUGAAUUCGAAGUGCAAGUGUGUGUGUCCAUCACCUCCUCCUGAAUGCAAGAAAGGUCAGACCUACAACACAGCUACUUGUGAGUGUGAGUGUCCUAAGGGAAGCAAAAUGAUUGCUGAUGGCAACUGUGUUGGAAAUUGUGAAGAUGUCAGCGUGAACCAUUGUGAGUUUGUGAAAUGCCGUGACAACACUCACUUCCAGUGCAAGCCUGAUGGCAACAAGUGUAGUUGUCCAACCUGUGACUCUGCCAGUCCCCACCAGUGUAGCAUCACUAAAUGCCUUGACCAGCCAUUAAAGCCCAGGUGUAAACUGGAUGCGUACUCUCAGACUUGUCGCUGUCCUCGCUGUGGGGACCAGAUGGACCAGCCGUGGUGUAGUAUGACCCACUGUGGCCCCAACCAGUGCAGGUGGAACUCCAUCGCUAAUACGUGUUCCUGUCCUCGCUGUGAGAACCAGAAGGACAAGCUCUGGUGUGAUAUGACCCACUGUGGAACCAACCAAUGCAGGUGGAACUCCAACGAUCGUAGCUGCUCCUGUCCUCGCUGUGAGAACCAAACGGACAAGCUGUGGUGCGACAUGACCAAAUGUGGACCCAACCAGUGCAGGUGGGACCCCUACUAUCGUCAGUGUUCCUGUCACUAAACCACACCCAAUCACCAAAGACUAAUAAACGGACCCAGUAGAAAUAGUGACAAUGAAUAGAACGAACUUUAAUUAAUGACAUAAUUGUUGUAUAUAUAAUAAA